CGGAAGAGACCUCAACAAGGGAAACUUUAUUGUUCCCGCAGAGAAGGGGGGCGGCCGGGAUGUCGGUCAACUACGCGGCGGGACUGUCGCCGUACGCGGACAAGGGCAAGUGCGGCCUCCCCGAGAUCUUCGACCCCCCUGAGGAGCUGGAGAGGAAGGUGUGGGAGCUGACCAGGCUCAUCUCGCAGGCCUCCAGCGUGGUGGUGCACACAGGCGCCGGCAUCAGCACGGCCUCGGGUAUCCCCGACUUCAGGGGUCCCCAAGGGGUCUGGACCAUGGAGGAACGGGGCCUGGCGCCCAAAUUCGACACCACCUUCGAGAGUGCCAAGCCCACACAGACGCACAUGGCGUUGGUGCAGCUGGAACGCGUGGGUCUCCUGCGCUUCCUGGUCAGCCAAAACGUGGAUGGGCUGCAUGUGCGCUCUGGCUUUCCCAGGGACAAGCUGGCGGAACUUCACGGAAACAUGUUUGUGGAAGAAUGCACGAAGUGUAAGACUCAGUACGUGAGGGAUACCGUGGUGGGCAGCAUGGGCCUCAAGCCCACUGGUCGGCUCUGCACCGUGGCCAAAGCCCGGGGGCUGCGGGCCUGCAGGGGCGAGCUGCGAGACACCAUCUUGGACUGGGAAGAUUCCCUGCCCGAUCGGGACCUGGCUCUCGCUGAUGAGGCCAGCAGGAACGCGGACUUGUCCAUCACACUGGGUACUUCGCUGCAGAUCAAGCCCAGCGGGAACCUGCCCCUGGCCACCAAGCGUCGCGGGGGGCGGCUGGUCAUCGUCAACCUGCAGCCCACCAAGCACGACCGCCACGCUGACCUGCGCAUCCACGGCUAUGUAGACGAGGUCAUGACACAACUCAUGAAGCACUUGGGACUGCAGAUCCCCACCUGGGAGGGACCCUGCGUGCUGGAGCGGGCGCUGCCACCCCUGCCCCGGCCGCCCGCCCCCACACUCCCACCCUGCUCUCAGCUCAACGGUGCCGCCCCGGUCCCCAAGCAGGAAGACUACGAGGAGAAACCCGGGCCCCACCACGACAGUCCCAAGCGGGAGGCGCCUGCCAGCCCCGCCCCCAGCAGGCCCCCUAAAAGAGUGAAGCCAGAGGCUGACCCCAGCUGAUGGGGGCCUCGUGUGGGACCAUCUAUCUGAGGCCACAUGCUGUGACUUGUGCUUGUCCCAGAGGACUCAGGGCACUGGGGCGGAGUGGAGGCUGGCCAUGAGCGUUCUGGAAGGAGGCAAACCCUAAACAGGGAACAGGCACCCACCCACCCACUCCCAGCCCCCCUCCUCCACUCUUGGUCCAUCUCCCCAAAGCGGCCAUCAGGAGGGACACUCCCAGCGUGCAGGGAGACCCGGUGUGGACUCGCGUGGGCAGGAUUGGCACCGCCUGUGGAGCUGUCUUUAACGCAAUAAAAGCAGUACCACGUUCUGG